AUGGCGUCCGUACUUGAGCCAGAAGUCGAGCAGUCUACAGCGGACUUGAUCAUUCGGCUCCAACUUGAAGAUACCGAUCUUUAUUUUAAAUCGUGGAAAGGGAAAUCCCUAGACCUCACGGACGAAGAGCUAGCAUUUCAGCUACAAAACGAAGAGUUUGAAAGCAUGUCCCAAUACCUUUCGGAUAGACGGAUGGCUACGAGCUUUGCAGCUGCGGUCCGGGCCGAUGGCCGCAUUCUGGCUGAUAACCGACUGGAAGAAGAGAAUACGGCCAAAGAUCGAGAUAUCGCCCGCCACUGGACAGAGAACGGUUGCCCCGUUGCAGCGGAAGAUCACCAAUCAAACUCAGAGUCAGUAGGCCUGGACGAUGAGACCUUGGCUAAACUACAGAUCCUGUUCGUGUCCGGUGUAGAAGGCUACUACGACGUCGGAAGCGUGGAAAUGCCCGGUGGUGAGAUUGAACUAGCCGAGUCGUCUAGUCGAGCAGCACAACGAACUCGCCAGCCACAACCACCACCGUUGCGCCGUUGUAUAGCAUGCAGAGAAGAAGCAGAGUUUGUGAAUGUGUUACCGCGCAGGAGAACGGAUGGCAACGUUGUCAUUCUUGUUGGCGAGUGGUGGAACUGA